UAGCUAAUUUAGGAAUAAUUGGUGAAACAUUACGCAUAUGUUUCCUUCAAAUUGCCCAUAUCUUUCUAUAUCCUAUAAGGUUUCGAUCUUUUAUUUUGAAAGGUCCUUUCUAUCGGCUCAGGAAGUAGCUUUAUUUUGUAAGCAGCAUGUUGUAUACACUUUGUUUCCAUCCAUUAAAUGUGUUAAAGACGCGUUAUGUUAAUAUGAAAUAAACUACAGACCGUGAAACAUGCAGUGGGUCAAAAUAUGCAGACAGUCGCUUUCAAGCACUGUGAACCCGACGACUUUGACAGUGGCACUGUCUAGACACAAACUUAUCCGUCGGAGUAUGGCCUCAGAUGCAACAACCCGGUUCGAUUUUCUAGUGAUUGGAGGGGGAUCUGGGGGUCUAGCCGGUGCACGCAGGGCAGCGGAGCUCGGGGCCACUGCCGCGGUGGUCGAGAGUCACAAACUCGGAGGUACCUGUGUCAAUGUCGGCUGUGUCCCUAAGAAGGUUAUGUGGAAUGCUGCAGUUCAUGCAGAAUAUCUCCACGAUCACUCUGACUAUGGUUUUGAUGGCGGACACGUUCACUUCAGCUGGGAAACUAUUAAGACCAAAAGAGAUGCAUAUGUUAGUCGGCUUAAUAACAUCUAUCGCAACAAUCUUGACAAGGCUAAAAUUGAAACGAUUCAGGGUCACGCCAGGUUCAUUGACGGCCCUGACCCCACUGUUGAGGUGAAUGGGAAGAAGUACACCGCGCCUCAUAUCCUCAUUGCCACAGGAGGGUUCCCUUCUGUCUUGAGUGACAGUGAUGUGCCAGGGGCAAGUCUUGGCAUCACCAGUGAUGGCUUUUUUGAACUUGAAAGCCUUCCUAAGCGCAGCGUCAUAGUGGGAGCUGGAUAUAUUGCUGUGGAAAUGGCUGGCAUCCUUUCCACACUGGGGUCCAAAACAUCCAUCAUAUGUCGUCAGACAGGGGUGUUGAGAAACUUCGACACCUUGAUAAGCUCAAAUUGCACCAAAGAAUUGCAGAACUCUGGCAUAGAGUUGUGGAAAAAUACUCAGGUGAAGUUGGUGAGUAAGACAGGCAAUGGCCUGUUGGAGGUCACACUGGUCACCAAAGACCCAGAGAAGAAGAACGAGGAGGAGAAAAUCGGCACCAUCCAGGAGGUAGACUGUCUGCUAUGGGCCAUCGGACGAGAGCCCAACACCGCCGGCCUCAACCUCAGCCAGAUGGGUGUGGAUAUUGAUGAGAGAGGCUUCAUCGUUGUAGAUGAGUUCCAGAACACCACUCGCCAAGGGAUCUAUGCUGUAGGAGACGUGUGCGGGAAGGCCCUCCUUACUCCUGUCGCCAUUGCAGCGGGCAGAAAGCUGGCACACAGACUGUUUGACGGCAAGGAGGAUGCCAAGGUCGACUUCUCCAACAUUCCCACGGUAGUUUUCAGUCACCCACCCAUCGGCACGGUGGGCCUCACAGGAAGGUGAGUGCGCUCUUAGCAAAGAAGUCCUCAGGUGGAUGGUUCCCCAUAUUGUAAAUGUUCUCCGCUGAAGUGGGAUGAGUUGGCGUGUUUCUCUGUCAGUCUGUUGGAUAAAUAACCAGCCUGGGCCCGGUUUCCCAAUAGCAAUGGAAUUUAGGCUUACAAGUGUUUUAACAAUGCGUCUUUCCUGCAACGGAUGGCAUUGUAACACGCAUUUCCCAAAAACCAUGCAAAGAGAAUGUUUGCUAAGUGCAUCGUUGAGGCAUAGUGUGGAUACUGGUAGGAUUGAAAGAAAGGCAUCGCUGCUCUCGGAUCGGCUUUCUCCAUUGGACUCUUACCUUAACAUUAGAAUUAUUCCACAAUACUGAUGACGGAUCAGCGCCGAGAAAGAUGUUAUCGCCUAUGGCUGCAAAUAUUAUUCUAAUGCUUACCCUAAAAUAAUUCACUAUAUCAAGACAUCAUUGUGCACAUGUUACACAUCAUAAACUAUAUUGAGGCAAAAUUAAAAUAAAUAACCAGUGUAUUCAAGUGCAACUUUAAUGAUAGUUUUGGGGAAACAGCUUGGAGAGUUAACGAUGCUCCUACGAAGGUUCUUACUAUGAACGUAGCCUUAAGAUGCUUUUGGAAAACCGGGCCCUUGUCAAAAGUAGCAAACUUUUUAGGGAAUAGGGUGCCAAUUGGAACGCAACCUUGUGUUUGUGUUUUUCAUUAGUAGAGAAGCUGAUGGUCUUACAUUUGGUCUCCUUGUGUUACAGAGGAGGCGAUUAAAAACAGGGG